GUCGUAGAGAGUGUGGGUGAAAACGUGAAGGAAUUGGUCGAAGGAGACACUGUACUGCCGACUUUCAUGCCGGACUGCGGCAACUGUAUUGAUUGCAAGUCUCAUAAAAGCAACUUAUGCAGCAAGUUUCCCUUCAAAGUAUCACCGUGGAUGCCAAGAUACGAAAACUCUAGCAGAUUCACUGACCUCAACGGCAACACUCUAUUUCAUUUCUUAAAUGUCUCUAGUUUCAGUGAAUACACUGUUCUUGAUGUCGCAAACGUCGUUAAGAUCGAUUCUUCUAUUCCUCCUAGUCGUGCUUGCCUCCUCAGCUGCGGAGUCUCGACUGGUGUUGGUGCUGCUUGGGAGACCGCCAAAGUUGAACAAGGAUCCACUGUUGUGAUAUUUGGACUUGGUUCGAUUGGUCUAGCGGUUGCAGAGGGUGCAAGACUUUGUGGUGCCUCUCGGAUCAUUGGUGUGGAUAUAAACCCUGAAAAAUUCCAAGUUGGCAAAAAUUUUGGAAUAACUGAGUUUGUAAACUCGAUGACAUGUAAAAACAAGCGAGUGAGCGAGGUAAUCAAUGAGAUGACUAGUGGGGGAGCAGAUUAUUGCUUCGAGUGUGUUGGAAGCAGUUCUUUGGUUCAAGAAGCCUAUGCUUGCUGCAGACAGGGAUGGGGAAAGACGAUAACUUUAGGGGUGGACAAGCCGGGUUCACAAAUCUGUUUAGACUCGUUAGAUGUUCUUCACCAUGGGAAGACUCUGAUGGGCUCGUUGUUUGGAGGGUUGAAGGCUAAAACACACAUACCUCUUCUUCUUAAACGCUACUUGAGCAAGGAGCUUGAGUUGGAUAAAUUUGUGACACACGAGAUGAAAUUCGAGGACAUCAACGAUGCGUUCCAGCUACUCGUUGAAGGGAAAUGCAUCAGGUGUGUGCUGUGGAUGGGCUAA